AUGUCUUACUCCGCUGCUAUAGUCGAUGGCAUGAACCCAAUGAGUUCUUACCCCCUUCCUCCCUUUCCGAUAAGUUCCGGCUACUGGGGAAGUCACAUAAAGGGCCACCACCGCGGGCAGGAGGGUAUCCGAAGUAAGCACCACCAAGCCGGUACUUCGGGCAGGACAGCCACCACCAAGAAAAAGCCUUCGGGAUGUUUGAGUGUGAGCCAGUCAACACACCGCGGCUACCCAGCGGGAAACAUGAUUCAGCUGCUCAUAAAGGGCAGACCCUAUGCACGGUGA